GCGAGUGCCUCAGUUUUUCGCGUGUUUAUCCUUUUUUGCUAAUAAUUUUCUCUUUAUUCAAUAAACUUGUUAGUCAACGCUAUGUGCGUAGGGACAUAAAUACGACAAAAAAAUGUUGCCCAACUUAUGCCGGCUUUGCCUGCGCCGUUCGACGGGUUCGAUCCCGCUGUUCAAGGCCAACAUCGGCGACAAACUGCUCACGGAACUGGUCUAUGUCGUCUUCCGGAUUGAGUUCGACAAGAAUGCCGCAUACCCGAAGCACGUCUGUGAGUUCUGUCUGAAAAAGGUGGACUAUCUGUACAACUUCUAUCUGGAACUGAUGAAGAGUCAAGCGCUACUGGAACCUCUGCGUGAAACAUCCAGCCUUCUGGCCGCCAAACAGCUGAUCGACAACGAAGGGCCCCAACAUUACAGUGAUGGCAUUUUCGAAGAUGUCGAAAAGCUGGAGGAAAUUGGCGCGGAUGCUGCAGGGGAAGAGAUGCGACCGGUGGAGAAUGUAGAGAUCGAAGCCGUCGGUUUUGACGAUGAUCGGACCGUGGAAGAGCAGUUAAUUGAUAUUAAAAUUGAAGCGGUUGAGGAGGUGGAGGAAAGUGAAUUCUUGGUGGAGAAGUUGGAACCGUCUGAUCACAGCGAGGAGGAAGAGGAGUUUCGAGGAUUUGAUGAACCAAUUCCGGUGAAACUGACGGCGGUUGGUAGUGGUAUGAAACGGUCUAUCCGCAAGGCCAAAAAUACGGUUCCGAAGUUGCAGAUAGUGGAAACCAUUCCGAACAAAUGCUACGUUUGCGGCACGGUGUGCGAGAGUGAAGACCUGUUCGCUGUUCACUUGGUACUUCAUAAUGACAUGUUGCCGCACAAGUGCGUAGAUUGUAGUACGCAAAAAGCUCCCGUAGAAAUUAAAACUUUGGUGCUACUGAAUAAACACUUUGAAUCGCAUGGAUUCAAAUACGUGUGCGAGUACUGCCCGUUGAGGUUCCGGUCUUACCCACCGCUGUACGAUCAUACGCGAAACUUCCACACCGAGCAGAAGGAAGGAUUCAACUGCGACAUUUGUGGUCAGAUAUUCGUUGAGAUUCGGAAAUUCCAAAAGCACGUUCGGGCUCACAGGAACCGGGAUUCUCAGCGGUACAAAUGUGCCACCUGUAGUAAAACGUUCCAAACCGGUACUAUUCUACGGCGUCACGAGGGUAUCCACAAGAAGGAAUCUUCGUUCAUUUGCCCUUUCUGCCAGCGAACCUUCAACCAUGAAUCUAACUUCAAGCAACAUAAAAUGCGCCACCUUCAGCAGCAACAGAAAGUGCAGAAUGGCUAUCCUUGCACGGUUUGCGAGACACAUUUUACCAAUGCGGUUGAUCUGCGCAAUCACAUGAAAGAGCACUUCCCGGACGAUCCGUUGUACAACACCAAGACUGAUAUACUGCCGGCAAAACUGAGAGAUUCUUCCAGCUACCCCCGGCCUUGUGAGGAACCAAACUGUAAAUACAUAGCCCCCUCGUACCCGCUGAUGUGGUCGCACUACCGGAAUCACUAUAAAAUGUACGAUUGUCAGGAUUGCCACCGUAAGUUUGCCACCGCUACCAUUCUGAAGAACCACAUCAACGUCAUACACAAGAAGAUCCGCAAGUACCGGUGCGAAAUUUGCCUGAAAGACUUCGGCUAUCAGCACAAGUUCAAGGAACACAUGAACAUGCACCAGGGAAUCAAGAGCCGCCAGUGCCGGUACUGUGAUAAAAUGUUCACGCAUUCGUCGAACCUGAUCGUGCACGAACGGAUCCACACGAAUACGAAACCCUACAAGUGUGACAUCUGUGGUUCGGCUCACGUGACGACGUCCGCGCUGAAGAAGCACAAGAAAACGCACCGGAGGAAUGUGGCCGACAUUGAUGUGGGCUGCGAUGUGGAAGAGGUGGAGGCGGUGGAGCAUAUCCUGGAAGAGGAACCGAACCAGAGCGAGUUGAUCUAUUUCGUGGAAUCGGAGGACGCGUUCGUUGGCGAGGAGGAAGUCAGUGUGAGGGACUUGUGCGAUGUACUGGAGGAAGCGUAAGGAUUUUGUACCUAUAGCUAUGUUUUUGUCAUCUGGGAAAUAGAUACGACGGAAAUGACAUUCGUGUUGGCUGCGUGCUGUUAGGAAAGAAAGCCUUGAGGAUGGAGAUUCCACUUGAUCAGAUAGAUGGACUGAUAGGCUUGGUAGCUAGAUAGACUUCGCAGACAGACAU